UUGAGCUGCAGAGCGUUCCAUGGAGGAGCAGCGGGAACUUGCUGCGGCUGCUCAGCAAGCCGAGCAAGCUGCCCAGAAUGCUCGACAGGAUGCUUUCAUCCCCCAAAGCUAUGAUUGGGAUGCAGCCAUCCCAACAAGCCAGCAGGGUGAGGAAGUUCAUCUCUUGGAGGAAGAACUGGACGAACUAGACGAACUCGACGAACUAGAUCCAGCUGAAACGGAAGAUCAGCCCAUGCGAACAAUCAAAGUACAAAGGGUUCCCAUGCGAACAUAUGGAAAAACACGUACAAACACGCUCGGCACAGGACGAGGACAAUCAGCACACAGAACAUGAAGAGGAUGAGGAGGAUGAGCUGAUGGAGGAUGAGCACAAUGACGGCGGCAUAUACAGCCAGGCACUGGACACAGUGGACGGAGACAAGAUCCUCACCCAAGAUAUUAUUAACGACUCUUCUCAGUCAUCAACUGCAAGCCAGCCAUAUGAUCGUAGCAAGAUGGAACUUGCAAUGGCAAUCCAGCGUCGAGUCAACGCUGAGUCC